AUAUAAUGUAAUGACAGGCACAAGGCGGUUCUCUCGUUCUGGGAGGAUGUCAUAACCUCGCAUGUGCGGCUCCAGGAGCGUGCAGCGCGGCGAUCGGUGCGGAUCACUGAUCAACGGAAAAGAGCCGAAGAUGUCAGCUCAGUCAUGUGAUCAGCUGUGUCCAAUCACAGCUGAUCACAUGGGACAUGUACACUGAUCAUCAGGGCACUGAUGAUCAGUGUGCCCUGAUGAUCAGUGUAGCCCAGCAGUGCCAGAUGUCAGUGCCCAUCAAUGCCACCUGCCAGUGCCCAUCAGUGCCGCAUCAAUGCCACAUAUCAGUGCCCAUCUGAGCUGCCUUUCAGUGUCACCUAUCAGUGCUGCCAAUCAGUGCCAGUCAGUGCCGCCUAUGAGUGCGCAUCAGUGCCGCCUAACAGUGCCAGUCAGUGCCGCCUAUCAGUGCCACCUAUCCGUGCUGCCUAUCAGUGCCAUAUAUGAGUGCUGCCUUUCAGUGCCCAUCAGUGACGCCUGUCAAUGCUCAUCAGUGCCACCUACAAGUGCCUCCUCAUCAGUGCCCAUCAGUGCCACCUAUCAGUGCCCAUCAGUGCAGCCUAUCAGUGCCCCAUCACUGCAGCCUCAUUAGCGCACAUCAGUG